UCCCCCGGGCUCAGGCGGUAUAAAUUCCCCGUGUAACGGCUGCACUGGUUCAGUUGCUUCCAACGCAGGACAGAUUGAGUCUUGUCGCACGAAGCAAAUCAGCGUCUCCUCGUUUUUGAUCUUUAUUGUUCCAGGAAUCAUGCGUGAGUGCAUCUCUAUCCACGUUGGUCAGGCCGGAGUCCAGAUCGGUAACGCUUGCUGGGAGCUGUACUGCCUGGAACAUGGGAUCCAGCCGGACGGACAGAUGCCUGGUGGCAAAAAGAGCAUCGGAGGAGGAGACGACUCCUUCAACACCUUCUUCAGUGAGACCGGAGCAGGGAAGCACGUCCCCAGAGCCGUCUUCGUGGACCUGGAGCCCACUGUCAUCGAUGAAGUUCGCUCUGGAAUCUACCGCCAGCUGUUCCACCCUGAGCAGCUGAUCACUGGGAAGGAAGAUGCUGCCAACAACUACGCCCGUGGACACUACACCGUCGGCAAAGAGAUCAUUGACAUUGUGCUGGACAGGAUCCGCAAACUGGCCGACCAGUGCACUGGUCUUCAGGGCUUCCUGGUCUUCCACAGCUUCGGCGGUGGCACCGGCUCUGGCUUCACCUCCCUGCUGAUGGAGCGUCUGUCCGUCGACUACGGCAAGAAGUCCAAGCUGGAGUUCUCCAUCUACCCCGCCCCCCAGGUGUCCACUGCAGUGGUGGAGCCCUACAACGCCAUCCUGACCACCCACACCACCCUGGAGCACUCUGACUGCGCCUUCAUGGUAGAUAACGAAGCCAUCUAUGAUAUCUGCCGCAGGAACCUGGACAUCGAUCGUCCCUCCUACGUCAACCUGAACAGGCUGAUCAGUCAGAUUGUCUCCUCCAUCACUGCUUCCCUCCGUUUCGAUGGUGCCCUCAACGUGGACCUGACCGAGUUCCAGACCAACUUGGUGCCAUAUCCCCGUGUCCACUUCCCUCUGGCCACCUACGCCCCCGUCAUCUCUGCAGAGAAGGCCUACCACGAGCAAUUAACAGUGUCUGAGAUCACAAACGCCUGCUUCGAGCCGGCCAAUCAGCUGGUGAAAUGUGACCCUCGCCAUGGUAAGUACAUGGCCUGCUGCCUCCUGUACCGUGGAGAUGUGGUGCCCAAAGAUGUGAACGCCGCCAUCGCCACCAUCAAGACCAAACGUUCCAUCCAGUUUGUGGACUGGUGUCCCACUGGUUUCAAGGUCGGCAUCAACUACCAGCCACCCACUGUGGUUCCUGGUGGAGACCUGGCCAAGGUCCAGAGGGCCGUGUGCAUGCUGAGCAACACCACCGCCAUCGCUGAGGCCUGGGCUCGGCUCGACCACAAGUUUGACCUGAUGUACGCCAAGAGGGCCUUCGUGCACUGGUAUGUGGGUGAGGGUAUGGAGGAGGGGGAGUUCUCCGAGGCCAGGGAGGACAUGGCUGCUCUGGAGAAGGAUUACGAGGAGGUCGGAGCUGAUACUGUGGGAGAGGAUGAUGAGGAAGGGGAGGAGUAUUAAUCAUGUAUACAUUCCCUUGUAUUUACCUGUGUCAUUUUGUUAAUAAAGUGAAUUGACUCGUAA